UGCCGAUCCAGGCUGAAAUGGGUAGCUGACGACAACAGGCACAUGUGGAGUAAGAUGCCGUUGUGCCGAUCGAAAUCAUAGCUACCCACCAGCCAUGUAUAAAGCAUCCUCUCCUUCCCGAGCCUCUCCCAGCUUGUGUAGCUAGCCCUCACCAGCCCCACUGAGAAGCCCCUCCUGACAGCGCGCUCAAGAUGCAGUUCCUCACCACCGCCCUGGCCCUCCUGGCCGCCGUGUCGCCCAUCGCGGCGGCGCCGUCGGCUGGCUGCGGCAAGAACCCGCCUUCGUCGGGCACCAAGUCCAUCACGGUCAACGGCAAGCAGCGCCAGUACAUCCUGACGCUUCCUGGCACCUACGACCGCACCAAAGCGCACCGCCUCGUCUUUGGCUACCACUGGCGCGACGGCUCCAUGAACGACGUGGCCAACGGCGGCUACUACAGCCUGCGCAACCUGGCCGGCAACUCGGCCAUCUUUGUCGCGCCCAACGGCCUCAACAAAGGCUGGGCCAACAGCGGCGGCGAAGACAUUAGCUUCACCGACGCCAUCCUGACCAGCAUUAAGAACGACCUGUGCAUCGACGACGGCCAGAUCUUUGCCACGGGAUGGAGCUACGGUGGCGCCAUGAGCCACAGCGUCGCCUGCGCCAGGCCCAACGUCUUCAAGGCCGUGUCGGUCAUCGCGGGCGCGCUGCUCUCGGGCUGCGCGGGCGGCAACUCGCCCGUGGCGUACCUGGGCAUCCACGGCUCGUCCGACAACGUGCUGAACAUCAGCAUGGGCCGGCAGCUGCGCGACAAGUGGCUGGGUACCAACGGCUGCCAGUCCAAGAACGCGCCGGACCCGUCGUCGGGCCAGCAGAACCACAUCAAAACCACGUACACGUGCUCCAAGGCCGCUGUGACCUGGAUCGGCCACGGCGGCGGCCACGUGCCGGACCCGUCGGGCGCUAACGGCGUCAAGUUUGCGCCCCAAGAGACGUGGAACUUUUUCAACGCCGCCGUCGGUUCGACCCCCAGCCCGGAUCCCAACCCGAAUCCCAACCCGAAUCCCGACCCGGACCCGACCCCGAACCCAAACCCGAAUCCCAGCCCCUCAUGUUCCCCCAGGUGGGCCCAGUGCGGCGGCCAGGGCUGGACCGGUGCUACGUGCUGCGAGAGCGGCAGCACCUGCACCGUGUCCAGCCAGUGGUACUCGCAGUGCAUUUGAACCCGGCCCAGCCUUGACGCCCCGUGCCCAGCCUUGCCCCAGUCGAAACAACGCCAACGUCGCCAGGGAGUUCACGGCCUAAGCGCAGCAACCGUUAUAUUACACGGCUUAGCGCCUCGACGACAGCGAAAACGCGGGUGGGGAGACGGGGUGGAAACUUCAAAUUGUACAUAGCAAUUCACAAGAAAACGGAAGUGUUUCGAAGGAGCAUUAGUAUAUAUGGGCUCAAAAAGGCUACAGUCUUUGUCCAACAGGAGCCUCGGUGAAUCACGGGCAGUAGUCAGGCCAUCCCUGCUCGCCGGGAAACGGGUAGGCUGUCGGGCGCUGGUUGGGGGCAGUUCCGCAACGGCCGAAGCCGGCCCAAAUACUAAACCAGCCCUCGUAGUAGUUGCCGCUGAGGAGGAAGGCUGGGCGGGGAGCACAAUAUGUCAGCCAUGUCGUGUCAUCAUCAGCAGCCCAAGAUAUAUACUUACGUGUCCUGCCGUCCCA